GGCGGCGCGGGACGCGUCACAUCCCCUUGACCCUCCAAUCACCUCGGGCUCCCAUUUGAUUGGAAGGCGGCAAAGGCUUUAAUCUCCCCCUUGGUGCAGCUGCUUUUGAAGUGAGUUUCCUCGCCAGAGCUCCGGCUGGACAGGCAGCGGCUCGCACCGCAGAGAGCAGCGCCAGCGCCGGGCCGCGAGUGCGCAGCGCAGGGGCACAGCCCGAGGCGGACACAGCAAGCCACCCGGCACUCCUGCAGUCGGGCCGCUCCUCCGGCUCGGACAGGGCUCUGCUGCGGGCCACCCAGGAUUAUUCGCUUCUGGCUCCAGGCACCGAGGAGGCGCGCUGGGCGCCCGCGGCCGCCGCGCCAGCUCCUCCUGCUGCUCCUGCUCCCGGGGCGAGCGCGCAGCCCCGAGCCCGCCCCGCGCCUCCCGGAGCCCUCCCCCCGCUGCUCCCAUGCGCGCGGGUGGGUCAUGAGCACAGCGCCCUCGCUUUCUGCCCUAAGAAGCAGUAAGCACAGCGGCGGCGGCGGCGGCGGCGGCGGCGGCGGCGGCGGAGGAGGAGGAGGAGGAGGAGGAGGAGGAGGAGGCAGUGCGGACCCUGCCUGGACCAGUGCGCUCUCUGGAAAUAGCUCCGGCCCCGGCCCAGGCUCGUCCCCCGCUUGCAGCACCAAGCCUUUUGUGCACGCUGUGCCCCCCUCUGACCCUCUCCGCCAGGCUAACCGACUGCCCAUCAAGGUGCUGAAGAUGCUGACCGCACGGACUGGCCACAUUUUGCACCCCGAGUACCUGCAGCCCCUGCCUUCCACGCCUGUCAGCCCCAUCGAGCUUGAUGCCAAGAAGAGCCCGCUGGCGCUGUUGGCGCAAACAUGCUCGCAGAUCGGGAAGCCCGACCCCUCGCCCUCCUCCAAACUCUCCUCGGUCGCCUCCAGUGGGGGCGGCGCGGGCGGUGCUGGCGGCGGUACCGGGGGUGACAAGGACGGAAAGUCAGGCCCCCUCAAGCUGAGUGACAUCGGCGUGGAGGACAAGUCGAGUUUCAAGCCGUACUCCAAACCCGGCUCGGAUAAGAAGGAGCAGGGAGGUGGCGGAGGCGGUGGCGGCGGGGGUGGCGGCGGCGGCGGGGGGGUUUCGGCGGAGAAGUCCGGAUUCCGGGUACCGAGCGCCACCUGCCAGCCAUUCACGCCCAGGACAGGCAGUCCAAGCUCCAGCGCCUCGGCCUGCUCGCCAGGAAGUAUGCUGCCUUCGGCCGGGGGCGGCCCGGAGGGCAAGGACGACAAGAAGGACCCCGACGCGGGCGGCGGUGGUGGCGGCAGCAAGGGCUCCGGGGGUACCUCGGCCGAAGGGGGACCCACCGGGCUGGCGCACGGCCGGAUUAGCUGCGGUGGCGGGAUUAAUGUGGACGUGAACCAGCACCCAGAUGGGGGCCCUGGAGGCAAGGGUCUAGGCUCGGACUGUGGCGGCUCAUCGGGCUCCAGCUCCGGCUCCGGCCCCAGCGCGCCCACCUCCUCCUCGGUGUUGGGCUCAGGGCUAGUGGCGCCAGUAUCGCCCUACAAGCCGGGCCAGACAGUGUUCCCUCUGCCUCCUGCAGGCAUGACCUACCCAGGCAGCCUGGCUGGGGCCUAUGCCGGCUACCCGCCCCAGUUUCUGCCACACGGCGUGGCGCUGGACCCCACCAAGCCCGGAAGCCUGGUGGGGGCGCAGCUGGCGGCGGCCGCAGCGGGUUCUCUGGGCUGCAGUAAGCCGGCCGGCUCGAGCCCCUUAGCCGGGGCGUCGCCGCCGUCGGUGAUGACAGCCAGUUUGUGCCGGGACCCGUAUUGCCUCAGCUACCACUGCGCCAGCCACCUGGCGGGGGCGGCGGCUGCCAGCGCAUCUUGUGCCCACGAUCCAGCCGCGGCGGCCGCGGCUCUCAAGUCCGGAUACCCGCUGGUGUACCCUACGCACCCGCUGCACGGCGUGCACUCAUCGCUAACGGCUGCGGCUGCUGCGGGCGCCACACCGCCCUCCCUGGCCGGCCACCCUCUCUACCCUUACGGCUUCAUGCUCCCUAACGACCCACUCCCCCACAUCUGCAACUGGGUGUCGGCUAACGGGCCGUGCGACAAGCGCUUCGCCACGUCCGAAGAGCUGUUGAGCCACUUGCGGACCCAUACGGCCUUCCCCGGGACAGACAAACUGCUGUCGGGCUACCCCAGCUCGUCGUCUCUGGCCAGCGCCGCAGCGGCCGCCAUGGCUUGCCACAUGCACAUCCCCACGUCCGGCGCUCCGGGCAGCCCCGGAACGCUGGCGCUGCGCAGCCCCCACCAUGCGCUGGGACUCAGCAGCCGCUACCACCCGUACUCCAAGAGCCCGCUCCCCACGCCUGGCGCUCCGGUGCCGGUGCCCGCCGCCACCGGACCCUACUAUUCCCCCUAUGCCCUCUAUGGACAGAGACUGACCACGGCCUCGGCUCUGGGGUAUCAGUGAGAGGAGGUCGCGAGCGCUUGCAGGGGAGAGAAAGAAGUUGGGGGGAGGGGAGGAGCCGAGGGAGGGGCGGGAACAGGGAGAAGCUACUGUCACCCGCGCGCGCGUGGGGAUGACCCGGGCCAGGAAAGGAAAAAUAUAUAUACCGUAUCUAUCUACCCGAAACAGCGACCGAGACCCGGUGGGAAACUCCCUUUUCCCCCACCUCACCUCUUCACCUAAACUUUAUAAAAGUUGAAAAAAUAUCAUUUGACUUUUUAUAGAAAAAGAAGGAAAAAAUAAUUGAGAAAGUGUCCGUCUGAGGACUGCAUCGGUGGACACUGGUAUUUAUUUAUGUUAGCUCCAAGCGGACCCGUGGUUCUAAAGUGCAUUAUUUAGUUUGAGCUCCGUAGGUUAAAAGGGGGGGAUUAAAACUUGAGGGUAAAAAUGGAAAACAAACCCUCCUGUCCGUUGUAGAUUAUAAAUACAAAACCGCCACAGAACUAGAGGUCUUCUCUUUAAUGUUACUUUAAAAUUGCUAUGAUUGUAUUGUACGUUCUUAUUUAAUGUCUGAUUGAAACACAAUUUACAUGCAUGUUUGUUACAAAAAAAUGAAAAAAAAACAAGUCACAAUUUGUCAGCUCUGAUUUCAAAUUGCAAUUAUUUUUAAGGUGUAUACCAUCGGAAGAGAAUGGGUAUUUUUUUGUAUGUAUUCUGGAAGAAAACAAAAAAAAAAGGAAAAACAAUUCUAUUCCAAAACCUCAUUUGCCUUAUUUUGUUCUUUAAAAGGAACACUUAACUAUUUUUAAUUUUUAAGUCCACCCGCUGAGAAGGGGACAAGUAAGGUUUACGUCAUGUACUAAAAUAAUAGACAAUGUAUCGCUUUAAAGAUUAAAAUUCCGUAUAUUUGAUGUAUUAAAAGGUUUUUCUUAUUAUUAUUAUCUUUUUUAUUUUUUUU